AUGAUGAAGAAAGUGAUGGCUUAUCAGCAAGCCCAUGCAGCAGAAUUGAGAAAGUCAAAAUCAAAAGAAUCAAAAGAGCCAGAGAAGCCAGCUGAAGAGGCGGUGGCUAAGCAAACCCCACAAUUAGUUGCGAGGCCACCACCUCUGUUCCCUCAAAGAUUGCAGAAAGUGAAGGAUAAUGCUGCGUUGACCGAAUUUGAGAUUGUGGCACUCACUGAGGAAUGUAGCUCUAGAAUCCAAAGCAAGAUACCUCAAAAAUUGAAGGAUCCAGGUAGUUUCACUAUCCAAAGUUUGAUUGGUAAGCAUGCAGUCGGGCGAGCUUUGUGUGAUCAUGGAGCGAGCAUCAAUUUGAUGUCGCUAUCUGUGUUCAGUUAUGUCCAUGGGUUUGGAAAAUUUGAGGAGUUGGAUAGGCCUGUCACUCUGACCCCUCCUAAGCCAUCUAUUGAAAAAGCUCCAAAGCUAGAACUUAAUCCCCUUCCAGUGCAUUUGCGCUAUGCUUAUUUGGGGAACUCUGAGACAUUUUCAGUGAUUAUCUCAUCCAUCUUGACUAACAUACAAGAAGAAAAAUUGCUCAGACUGAAUUACACCACCACUAAAAAGGAGUUGUUAUGCAUUGUGUGGGCCUUUGAGAAAUUUCGGUCAUACUUAGUGGGAACAAAAGUCAUAGUCCAUAUCGAUCAUGAAGCAAUCAGGUAUCUAUUUACAGAAAAAGAACCUAAGGCUAGAUUGAUGCGAUGGGUUUUGUUGGUGCAGGAACUUGAUGUAAAAAUACAAGAUCGAAAGGGCACAGAGAACCAAGUAGCUGAUCAUCUAUCAAGGCUGGAAAAUCAUGACCAUGUGGAGGAGAGUGGACAAAUUAAAGAAGCAUUUUCCGAUGAGAAACUUUUUGCUAUCACCCAAGACUCUCCCCAAUGGUACGCAAACUAUGUGAAUUAUCUUGUGAGUGUGGUACUUUCUCCUGAAAUUAAAUUUGAAGCUAGAAAGGGGUUUCUACAUGAUGUGAACUUCUACUAUAGGAAUGAACCACAUUUGUACAAACAGUGUACUGAUCAGUUGAUGAUGAGAUACAUUCCAGAAAGGAGGUAG